AUGGCUGUCGAAGACACAAAGCCAAUCAUCGUCAUCGGUGCCGGCCUCGUCGGCCUCACCUUGGCCCAAGGCCUGAAGAAGGCCGGGUUCGACUUUCGCAUCUACGACCGGGAUAACAGCAUCGACGAGCGCCCGGCGGGCUGGGGCAUCACGAUGGACUGGGCGAUGCCCUCCCUGCAGGCCUGCCUCCCGCCAGAAGUCUUUGCGCAGAUCCCGUCGAUUCAGGUCAAUCCCAAGUCCGGCCACAAAGCGGACGAUCGCUACCGCUUCUUGAACCUGGAGACAGGGGAAGAAAAGAGCUCCGUCCCGGCGUCGACGCUCUACCGGCUGAACCGCAAAAAGUUUCGACAUCUUCUCGCGACCGACAUCGAAGUGAACUGGGGACGUCGCUGCACGGGAUUCGAUACCACGGACGACGGCGUCGUGGUGCAUUUUGCAGACGGGACUCGGAUCGAGGGCUCCCUCCUGCUCGCCGUGGACGGCAAGAACAGCACCGUCAAGCGGCAGCUCAUAGGCGAGGAGAGCGCGCGGCUCAACCCCCUCCCCGUGGGGUUCAUAGGCCUGACGCUCAAGAUGCCCCGGGAGCAGAUGCAACCCUUCCUCGACAUCCACCCGGUCAUCUGGCAAGGGUGCCACCCGGGCACGGGCUACUUUGUCUUCUUCUCGGCGCUGUCCACGCCCGAGACCAACGGCAGCGCAGCGGCCGCGGGCGGCGAGUACUACGAGGGCCAGUUCAACAUGAGCUGGAUGGUGGACCGGCACGGGGAGACGCCCCGGACCGCGCCGGAGCAGAUCGCCAAGGCCAAGGGGGCGGCCGUCGCGGGCACGGGCAUGUUCCCGACGCUGAGGCAGGCCAUCCUGGGAAUCCCCGACGACAGCCCGGCGCUGGGGAUCAAGCUGGAGGACUGGCCGACGCAGAGGUGGCCGUCGCGCGGCGGCCGGGUGACGCUGCUGGGGGACGCGGCGCACACCAUGACCAUGUAUCGCGGCGAGGCAGCCAACCAUGGCAUAUACGACGCCGUCGAGCUGGUCCGCCAGCUCCAGCAGUGGAGGGGCGGCGCCAAGUCUCGCGAGGAGGCGCUGCGGGACUACCAGCUGGAGGUCGCGGAGAGGACGUACGAGGCCGUGCUGCUCAGCCGGUACGCCUGCCUGGAGUCGCACGAUCUCGACAACAUGAGCGAGGAGAGCAACGUCUUGAAUGUCCGGAUCCAUAGCGCAGAGAAAUCCGUCAGAGGCCACAUAUGA